AUGGAGGUGUUUGAUUUUACUGAUAAUGUUGAAGAUGUUAGUUACGAAUUCAUGAGUGCCUUAGAUGAUACACAACCAAAAAUAUUCGAAUCUGAAGGUACAGAAUUAUUACCAGAAAACGGUUUGCAAAAUGAAUACAGAUCUACAAACGAUACUCUGGAACUGUACCCUAGCAACGAUAUUGACCAUCAGGGGGAGAAAAGCACUAUAAUUUAUGAGAAUACACCAGAUAUGAUGAAAGUUGCAGAACAAUUGGAAUCACAAUUGAAAAAAUAUAAUGCAACGAAAUCAACGAAGGAAGACCUUCGAAAAAUGCAGAUCGAUAAACCUGAAAUAUCUACUUUGAAGAAGGAAUUGGAUAAAAUAUCUUUACAAGAACUGGAUGAUAUGAAGAGGGAAUCUACUAUGGAGGAUAAAUUAUUGUUUGAGAAGAUACAAAAAUCGAUGCAAUCUGAUGAAAAAACAUUGUUGAAGGGAUUACAUGAUAAACUAUCAGAGCAUGUAUCUGAGGAAAGUAACCAUGAUAAUAAUAAUAAUAAUAAUGAUAAAUAUAUAUUGAAACUUCCCAACAUUGAAUUCAAUUCUACUGAAUUAUAUCGUAUACUGAAUUUAGAAGAAAGAAUUCAUAAACUUGAGUCAAGUUUAGGCCAUAUAAAAGAUGAACCGAAUAUUUGCCAAUCAAGUUUUGAAGAACCAAUAAUGACUCAAUUAAAUAAAAUAUACCGCCAAUUGAUUUUAAUAGAGAAUAAUGAACCUGUCUUGAAUAACUUUCAAAAAAGUUUGACAGAAAUAAAUAAGAAAUAUGAAGAUUCAUUAUUAGGUAAGAAUAUUAAUAAGAAUAAUGAUCUACAAGAGUUGGCUAUAAAUAAUAUAGUAAAUCAAAAGACUAAAAUUGAUAAUCUUUAUAAGUUUUAUGAUGAAAAUAAACAUUACGCUGAUAUUUUACCAAAACUUUCUGAAAGAAUGAAACUUUUCAAGAAAGUAAAUAUGAAGGUUUCAGAGAGUUUCCAGAUGCUUCAAAACAUUGAUAGAAUGAUAGCCGAUGUUGCAUCAACUACAGAAGAAUGGAAUUGCACGAUAAAUAAAAUUGUUGAGAAAAUUAGCUCGCAAGAAAUCAUUGUAAAUAAAAAUUUUGAGAAGUUAAAUGAUAAGAUACAAAACCUUGAGGCUAAACUAGAAACGUUGACAAGGGAUAAGGAAGCCUUUGAAUGA